AUGAACAAGAAUGACCGAGAUACCCUAAGAGGGAUUUUGCAGAGCUUAGGAAUUGCCUACGAGAAUGUGCUAAGUGACGAAAAUACAUCCCAUGGCGAAGGAGCCAUUUCCAGGAACCAGGAGCCUGUUGAUACAACCCGCUUCGUGACUCACGACCAGACAACCAUCACCAAUACACAACGUCCUCCAGGGGGCGAUAAUUAUGAUCCUGAGAACGAUUUACCCCCACUUUAUGAGCAAUCCAUUGGUCGGAUACCAGCAGAAAAUGUCCCGGAAGAUGCAGUGCUGGUAGAUUUUGAUGAUACUAUUGACCAUAUUCAGAAUGACGCAGGGCCGAGUCAGCUUUCUGAAUCAUAUCGCAUGCAUGUUGCACCGACUCAGUUUGCCCCCAACGAUGAUGUGAUACCCAGUGAAAACUUGGAAACCGAUAGCGAGGACGAAGUCACCAACCAAUUUGCAUGUCGCUUGGGGCGUGUGCAGUUGACGCACGACGGUCAACUACGGUAUUUUGGGUCGACAUCUAACCUAAACUUGCUUGACGUUUCAGUCGACAUUGGAAAUCCUACACCUUCUCUUGUUCAGAAAGAUGCGCAAGAGAUACUGGAGGAUUCGGGCCUCAACAUAGAAGUGGAGGAGGCCUUUGAGAAGCAUCUACUCGAGCUUUACUUUGCCUGGCAAGACCCAUGUCUGCAUGUUGUUCACAGUGAAGCCUUUUGGAAGGCCAAAUUUCAGAAUCAAUAUGAAGGCUUAACUUCAGCUUAUUAUUCGCAAGCUUUAUGCAACGCGAUGUGCGCAAUGGGUGCAGCUUACGAGCCCAAGUAUCAUCCAGAUCUUGUCACAUUCCCUCGGUCCUUGUCACAGUUUUUCGGGGAUAGGGCUAAAGCCCUCCUGGAACUGGAAAUUGAAAAUCCUUCACUGGCAACAAUCCAAGCGCUGGUCAUAUGCAGUAAUUACGAAGCUUCAGGUACUAAAGACACUCGCGGCUGGCUGUACAGUGGGAUGGCCAUGCGACUUGCAUUUGACCAAGGUCUCCAUUUGGACGUCACCCCUUACGUGGAAAAGGGUAUCAUCACGGCUGAGGAAUGUAAGAUUCGACGAACUGUUUUCUGGGGCUCGAGUCUCAACGACCAGUACGUCAUUCCUGCAUGCCGUUACCAAGCCUUGCCGCCAGACUAA